UCUAAGAACAAGUAGCUUGUAAAAAGGUGAUAGUUAAACUAAAUAAAAUGUUAAAACUUAAAGUUAUUUUAAACUUAAUGUUUGCACAUGCAGUUGUCGCAUCCAAUAUGGGGAGAAUGAAAAUAAUCAAGACAGGUUUGACGGUUAGCUGGUUGAACAUGAAAAGAUAUCCCAAUCGUGUUUUGGACGUAGCUCCAAUUGCAGCAUAUUCCACUACCAGUAAAGAGAAAUGUGGAAGCGUUUGUUUGAAAACUCCUGCUUGUAAAAGUUUAAAUUUAAAACAAGAAUCUGCUUCUCAAUAUCAGUGUGAUCUGUUGGAUACAACCAUGUUUGAAACGAAUUGCAAAUUUAUUUGGAAUGAAACUGCAUCGCAUUACGAAUUUGUUAGCAACUGCACAACAAAUUAUAGUAUCUGUAAAGACCCUUUAAAAAUUUGUGUGCCUAAUGACGACUUCACAUCGUAUACAUGCAAGCAAAAGCAACACGUUCAACUUCAUCAGGCGCAAUUUUGUUCUGCAAAUUAUAAUUACAACACUACUAAUGUUGCUUGGGAAUUUCCGUACUGCGGCUUUUGUCGCGAAACAGGUUCUGUUUACAUUUUGUUGAAUAAAUACAACUCAAUUUAUAACAGAACGUGGGAGGAGUACAAAAAUGGUUUUGGUAAUCCUGGAACUAUGGACUACUGGAUUGGUCUGGAAAUGCUGCAAAAAUUAACGAAUCCUCCUGUUUUACUUGUCGCGUAUUGCGCAACUGGCGACACCGGCACGGGUAACACUUAUCACAACUUUACUGUCUCAUCAGAAAGUGACUUCUACAGAAUGAGCGUCGCAGAAUACAUAUAA